GCGACGGCUGGGAAGAUGGCUGCUCCGUCUUCAUCGGAUUCCGACCCCAGCCGAGUUCAGAGUAACGAGACCAACUCGAAAUGGCUGGACGCGCACUACGACCCCCUGGCCAACAUCCACACCUUCUCAGCCUGCCUGGCGUUAGCAGAUUUGCAUGGGGACGGGGAGUACAAGCUGGUGGUGGGUGACCUUGGCCCUGGUGAGCAGCAGCCCCGACUGAAGGUAUUCAAAGGACCCACAGUGCUGACAGAAAGCCCGCUGCCUUCCCUGCCAGCUGCGGCCGCCACCUUUCUCAUGGAGCAACACGAGCCUCGGACUCCAGCCCUAGCACUUGCUUCGGGUCCAUGUGUCUAUGUGUAUAAGAAUCUGAGACCCUACUUCAAAUUCAGCCUACCUCAGUUGCCUCCAAACCCUGUGGAACAAGACCUUUGGAAUCAGGCCAAGGAGGACCAAAUUGACCCCUUAACCCUGAAGGAGAUGCUGGAGAGCAUCCGGGAGAAGGCAGAAGUACCUUUGUCUGUACAGUCCCUCAGGUUUCUGCAGUUGGACCUGAGUGAAAUGGAGCCGUUUGUGAACCAGCACAAGUCCAAGUCCAUCAAGCGGCAGACGGUCAUCACCACCAUGACCACCCUGAAGAAGAACCUGGCUGAUGAGGACGCCAUAUCCUGCCUGGUCCUGGGCACUGAGAACAAGGAGCUCCUAGUGCUUGACCCCGAGGCCUUCACAAUUUUGGCCAAGAUGAGCCUCCCCAGCGUCCCUGUCUUCCUGGAGGUUUCUGGCCAAUUUGAUGUAGAGUUCCGGCUUGCAGCCGCCUGUCGCAAUGGAAGCAUCUAUAUCCUGAGAAGAGACUCCAAACGCCCCAAGUAUGUCAUCGAACUGAGUGCCCAGCCGGUGGGGCUUGUCCGGGUACACAAGGUCCUGGUGGUGGGCAGCACCCAAGACAGCCUGCACGGCUUCACCCACAAGGGUAAGAAGCUGUGGACAGUGCAGCUGCCCGCCACCAUCUUGACCAUGAACCUCCUGGAGCAGCGCUCGCGGGGCCUGCAGGCUGUCAUGGCUGGGCUGGCCAAUGGCGAGGUCCACAUCUACCGCGACAAGGCCCUGCUCAAUGUCAUCCGCACCCCAGACGCUGUGACUAGCCUUUGCUUCGGCCGCUAUGGGCGGGAGGACAACACCCUCAUCAUGACCACGAAAGGUGGAGGCCUGAUCAUCAAGAUCCUGAAGCGUACAGCGGUGUUUGUAGAAGGGACCGGAGAGGUAGGCCCCCCACUGGCCCAGGCCACGAAGCUUGACGUGCCCCGAAAAACCCGACUGUAUGUGGAUCAGACUCUACGAGAGCGGGAAGCUGGUACUGCCAUGCACCGAACCUUCCAGACGGACCUCUACCUUCUUCGGCUCCGAGCUGCCCGCGCCUACGUGCAGGCCCUUGAGUCCAGCCUGAGCCCCAUGUCAGCGACAGACCGCGAGCCGCUCAAGCUCCACGCAGUGGUUCAGGGCCUGGGCCCCACCUUUAAGCUCACUCUUCACCUGCAGAACACCUCGACAGCCAGGCCCCUGCUGGGGCUGCUGGUCUGCUUCCUGUAUAAUGAGGCUCUCUAUGCCCUGCCUCGGGCCUUCUUCAAGGUCCCCUUGCUGGUGCCAGGGCUCAGCUACCCCCUAGAGACCUUUGUGGAGAGCCUCAGCAGCAAGGGCAUCUCAGACAUGAUCAAGGUUCUGGUGCUCCGCGAAGGCCGCAGUGCCCCCCUGCUGAGCGCCCACAUCAACAUGCCAGUAAGUGAGGGGCUGGUGGCUGCCUGAGCCCCCGCCAGCGGCCGAG